AAUUAUAUUGGUUUUUUUUUUUUUUUUUAUCUUCCUGCUUUUGGGUUCUGUGCAUUGUAGGACGGUCUUCUUCCCUUCUGCCUCUGUGAAAUCAACUAUGGUAGCUAAAAGUUUUCGCAAAAGAUAGGAGGAAAGAGGAAAAACAGUGACGGCGGUGUGAAGGAGCUAAGGGAGGGGAUGAAGGCAACAAUAGCAGUAAUAAGAAGUUGAAGAAGAGUGAGAUACUGCCACCCAUGAUAAUAAGGAAGAAGGUGAAGAGAUCGGCCCUACACGCCAAGCUCAAGCACCAAAAGAAGGUCGAGAAGCGAAAGAAGCUCAAGGUGGGCGAUGCUGUGGAGAAGCGCGCACUGGGGCUUGUUGAGGAGCCUCCGCCUAAGAUGAUUCCUCGCACAAUCGAGAAUACGAGAGAGGCUGAAGAAACUGUUUGCAAGCCUAAUGAUGAAGAGUAUGUGAGUAAGGGCAUGGAGGAAGGAUUGGAUCCCGCACAAGUGCAAGGAGACCUACUUCUUAGGGCAGCCAGUGGGGUGAAGAAAAGGCAGUUGAAAUGCCUUGACGUUCACACCCACUCAGAGGACGUAGGUGUGAGUGCCUCUUGUCCAUGUCCUUCCAAGCCAUCGGACCUCCAGCAGUCUGCAGGUCCUGGUUCAGACAAGUAGGGAGGAGCAGUGCAAGUCUCGGGAACUUUACACUUCUCAAGUACACUGCUCUGUCACAGUCAUAUCAGAAAAUGCAGAAGUCAUUACAGUUCCUUUAUACGCAGCUUGGCAUGACACUCCCGUCUCCGGGCCACUAGCGGCACUACUACCCCUCGCAUGCCACAUCUUUAGGCCUCAUUUUCCAGUAUUAUAUAUAUCUAUAUAUGGGAAGGACAUAAUUUCCUUUAUAUCAUAUCACAGUUUCUCUGUUUAACCAUAACUGACAACUAACUUCAUUU